AUCAAUGUGUGCAAGACAGGCAGAUUUUGCGAUUUUCAACGAUUGUCGCACGAAGUUAGUGGGUAAUUCCGAGGCAGGUUCCUGGAACUGCCACAGAUAAGUGGGCAUUUGCACAUUUUGUUUACGGGACAUGAUCCGAGGGCAGUCAUGUCCGACGACGAAAGUGUGCCUCCUUCCUUCCUUGAGGACGGCAGAGUGAAGUUCGUGGAGGAAAAAGUUUGUGGGUUACUGCGACUACACCGACAAACGUGGGAGACAAGUGCUGUCAAUCAAGAGUUUCAGACUAUCCUGAAAGAUUUUUUCGAGAAAGAGUCAGUUAUAUUUUUCCGUUCAACAAAAAAGGGCUGUCUGGUUGCUUCUAAUGAGGCCCCACACGUUGCUCAAAACAAGAACCUCUAUAUCCUCAAGAAGAAAGGUGUUGCUAUCAACUCAGAAAACUACAGGGAACUUCUGCUUUUUGGCCUUCUGUCUCCACCACCUUUUCUGCAGCUUUCAUGCACAGUUGAGCAGGUAUGUGUCCCACUGCUGUCAAACAACAAAAACCACCAGACGUGGCCAAAUCUGAUGUCUGAGGACAUCAUUCGACAUGCUGAGAGCAUGUGCAGUAAGACAUCACUUGUUCGGGGGCAAGUUUUAGGGAAAACUGUUCUCCCUGUCCCAACUUCAACAGAUUUGAUGGAAAAAUCAUGUAGCGCCUUUAAAACGUGUGAAAACUACGACAGGGCUCUGGCCCAUGCCCUAGAGACCCAGGUCAUUAACUGGACAAAUCUGAUCCAGAAAAUAUUGAAGGAGGAUUCAUCGGACCUACUUGUAACAGGCUGUAAUCCUGUGCCCAGAGCAGAGCUGAAGUUUUGGGCUUCCAGGAAGAGCAACAUAGAGAACAUUUAUCACCAGCUUCAGAGUCCUGUUGUCCAAAUGAUGACGGAGGCUUUAGAGAUGAUGGAGAGCAGUUAUCAUCCAACAAUCAAGACUCUCAUUGGAAGUGUGUUUAAUGCAUUUGAAGAAGCUCAGGACAUUGACAUCUAUCUACAACCACUAAAUGCACAACUGUCCCAGCUUGAAAAGGAGGGAUUUCCUCAAAUGGUGACAUAUAUCCCUGCAGUUUUUCACACGCUCCUCCUUAUCUGGACUAACUGCCGGUCUUAUCAAAAACCAGCACGCAUUGUGGUAUUACUACAGGAACUCUGCAACCUGCUCAUUGAACAGGCUUCUACAUACCUCUCUGAAGAUUUGCUCCUCAGAGACGAUCCAGAGGAAAGUCUCCAAAUGGUAAAAAUGGUGAUAAAAGUCUUUAGAUGUUUCAAAGACAGUUACCAGACCCAGAGGGAGAGGCUGGCCAGCCAAGUCAAACACGCACCCUGGGAUUUUCCAUCGGCCAUGAUUUUUUCACGUUUCAACCAGUUCUUUAAUCGCAUGCUCCAACUGGAGGACUUUUUUGAAAUGAUGUUGGACUUUCAGAGGAUGGAAAAGCUGGAAUUUGGUGGAAUUAAAGGGAAACUCUACACGGAGCACGCUGCUAAGAUGCACGUGGAGUUCAGUAAUCACUGCCACGCACUGAAGCACAGUAAAAACAGGCCGCUUGACUUCAGCUCUGAGGGUUUUGAAGACGAGUUCACAGAUUUCAAGGCAAAGACUGUGGACUUUGAAUGCCGCCUUGCCAGCCUUCUGUGUUUGGUUUUUAAGGAUUGUUCAGGACUGGAAUCAGCUUUAAAAAUGCUAACUGUUGUUGGACCCUUCCUAGAGAAAAGACAAAUAAGACAGAUAUUCAGUCCAAACUUCUGUCUGCUUCAGCAACACUUCAGGGAAGAACUGGAGUGUUGUAAACGUCUGUUUAAAUCCCAACUCUAUCAGAGGGAGAGUGCAUUGACAAAAAACAUGGCACACACAUCGGGAGCUUUGAAGUCGGCAAAAAUGCUUCGAGAACGCAUUAGAACGCCAUGGGAAAAAAUCAGAUCACUGUUUGACAUGCAUGCAGAAGGUGUGGACAUGGUGAAGGAGUACGACAUGUACAUGGAGAUGUUGAAUUUUCUGGACCAGUAUGAGAGGGACGUUUACUCUGACUGGUGUAAUGGUUUGGAACAGGCCUGUCUGAUCAACCUGAACCAGCCACUUAUCUCCAGAAUUCCCUCAUCUGGCUUGAUCUCCGUCAACUUCAAUCCAAAGCUGACGGAAGUCUUGAAAGAUGUGAAGUAUAUUCAGAGUCUCAGUGUGAGCAACAUCCCCGCAGCUGCGCUGACUGUUUUUGAGAAGCGUGACAUGUUCACCAAGUAUAUGAGCAGUUUGCAGCUGUUAGUGCAGUGGUACAACAAGCUAAAGCAGACGGUGUUGGAGGUGGAACUUCCUCUCAUCAGAACUGAGCUGGAGUCGAUAGACCUGCAUUUGACAAGAGCUGAGACCAGCUUGACAUGGCAAGACCGGGACUGCUGGAGCUUUAUCAGCGCAACCAAAUGCCUUGUCCAAGACCUUGCACAGCGAGUCAACAGAGCCAAGGAAAACUGUGAUUCCAUCCACUCGCUGAUGAAGGGAUGGAGCAAACAGGCCAUGUUUGGCAAAAAGGAGAACAGGAAAGGCUCACUCAUACAGCUGGAGGACAGGGGGGACGGUGUCAGCAGGAAGUACGGCUCCAUGAAGAAGGAUGGAGACUUGAUACAUGAGCUGGUGCAGGAGAAUAUGGUCCUUUUCCAUGCUGACGCUGCCUCAGAAGAGUGGCAGUCUUACCUGGAAUAUGUGGAUGAGAUGGUGGUGGAGGGGCUCUUCAGUUACAUCAGCCACUCCCUUCAGUUCUUCGUCGACAACAUGGAGUUGUUGGCGAGCCAGGCCCCUCUGUUUGAGGCUCAGUUAAUGCUGAACGGAUCGGGGAUGACCUUCUAUCCCUCCAUGGAGCGGGAGGCUGGAGAUUCCCUCUAUGAGCUGGUGGAGGGUCUGAUCGGAGAUAUAUUCAAGACUUCUGUAAAUAUCAAGAGAGUGGCUGCUCAUCUCAGCACGGAGAGUUAUCAGGAUGUAAUGGAGGACAUGCUAGAUUUGUCAGACCUGAGACAAGAAAUAAUGGAGCGAGUGGAGAAUGUCUUGAAGGAAGCAAUAAAUUACCAGAGGAAGUUUGAUUGCUACACCCACCUGUGGCAAGAUGACAGGGCUGAGUUUCUCAGCCAGUUUCUCCUCUAUGGACGUGCACUUACAGCUGAGCAGAUGGAGGCGUUGAGGGUUGAUGUGUUGCCUCAGACCCCCCCGACGAUCGAUGGCUUCAAAGAACAGAUUGAUCACUAUGAGAAUCUGUAUGCUGAAAUAUCCCAGCUUGAAGACUUCAAAGUGUUUGAUGGGUGGUUUCGAGUGGAUAUCAGGCUCUUUAAGGUCAGCCUUCUGAACACUGUAAAAAAGUGGAGCUGGCUUUUCAAAGAGCACCUCUUGACAUAUGUCACCAACAGUCUUGAUGAGUUGCAGAAGUUCAUCCGAGCCACCGUCGAAGGACUGAACCAUCCUUUGGCUAAAGGGGAUCGCCGUGGCUUUGUGGAAGUUAUGAGUCACCUGUUCGCUGUCAGAGACAGACAAAAAGCCACUGACAAGAUGUUUGAGCCUCUUAGAGACACAGUCCACCUCCUGGAACGUUAUGGAGUGACCAUACCAGACCAGGUCUACUCUCAGAUGGAAGAACUCCCUGAGAAGUGGAAUGGAACGAAAAAACUGGCCUUAAAAGUGAGGCAUGAGGUGGCACCCAUGCAGAAUGCAGAAGUGUUGGUUUUACGAAAACGAUGCAUGGACUUUGAGGUAAAACAAACCAGAUUUCGUGAGAUGUUCAGAGCGACUGCACCCUUCAGUUACAAUGCAGAACGUCCCUACGUUUGUCUGGAGAAAUCUGAAAAAGCAAUCCGGGAUAUGGAGAAGGAAGUAGCAGAGCUGCAAGAGUCAAUAAAUCUAUUCGAGGUUACUAUUCCUGACUACAGAGACAUCAAACUUUGCAGGCGAGAGAUCGUAGUCCUCAAACAACUGUGGGACAUUGUUGUAUAUGUGCAGAGCAGUGUGGAAAACUGGACAAUGACCAAAUGGAGGCAGAUAAACGUGGACCAGAUGGAUGCCGAAUUGAGGAGGUUUGCCAAGGACAUGCGGAAGCUUGACAAAGAGGCUCGCUUGUGGGAUGUGUAUUCCGGAUUAGACCUUUAUGUAAAGAACUUGUUGACGUCACUACGGGCCGUGAGUCAACUGCAGAACCUGGCAAUACGAGAGCGCCACUGGGUGCAGCUAAUUAGAACAACACAGAUGGAAUUCACUGUGAGGGACUGUACUUCCCUGGAAGACCUCUUGCGUUUGAAGCUGCAUUUGUUUGAGGACGAAAUUCGCAACAUUGUGGAUAAGGCUGUCAAGGAAAUGGCCAUCGAAAAGGUUGUGACAGAAAUAAGUCAGACUUGGGCAUCAAUGGAUCUUUCAUAUGAAGAACAUUACCAAACCUCCGUACCGCUUCUUACAUGCGACGAGAAUCUCAUUGAAACUCUUGAGGAUCAUCAGGUUCAACUCCAGAGUAUCUUUCAGAGCAAGCACGUCGACCACUUCCUGUUCCAAGUAGUGGAGCUACAAAAGCGUCUGACUGUGGCCGACUCUGUGCUGAUGGUGUGGAUGGAGGUUCAAAGAACAUGGGUCUAUCUCGAAAGCAUCUUCAAAGGCUGCGAUGACAUUUGCCAUCAGCUGCCUGCAGACACACACAGAUUCCAAGCGAUAGAUGCAGAAUUUCAGGAGUUAAUGUUGGACAGCACUAAGACUGCGAAUGUCAUCGAGGCCACCAACAAACCUCAUCUGUUUGAGAAGUUAGAAGAUCUGCAAAAAAGACUGGCGUUGUGUGAAAAAGCUCUUGCCGAAUACCUGGAGACAAAGAGACUCGCCUUUCCACGAUUCUACUUUAUUUCAUCUGCAGACUUGUUGGACAUCCUCUCUAAAGGGAGUCGUCCCCGAGAGGUGACUGUUCAUCUCUCAAAAUUUUUUGACAACAUGUCAGAUCUUGAGUUUGAAAAAGACGAACAGCUGGAUAAUCCUAAACUCGCUGUGGGCAUGUACAGCAAAGAGCGGGAAUAUGUCCCAUUUCAGACUGAAUGUCGCUGCUGCGGCCCGGUGGAGGCAUGGCUUUCUUGCCUCGAGGAGUCAAUGAAGGAAUCUGUCAGGGGUCACCUGUUUGAAGCUGUGUCUGUGUAUGAGGAGAGAUCCAGAGAGCAGUGGAUUCUUGACUUCCCCGCCCAAGUUGCUCUCACUGGAUCUCAGAUCUGGUGGGGCAAUGACAUGGAGCUCGUGUUUAAAAGACUGGAAGAGGGAUUUGAGUCUGCACUAAAAGACUACAACAAGAAACAGAUUUCUCAGCUCAACUUGUUGAUCGGCAUGCUGCUCGGAGAGUUGAACUCAGGCGACCGACAGAAGAUCAUGACUAUAUGCACUAUCGAUGUCCAUGCAAGAGACAUUGUCGCCAGCCUCAUUGCUCAGAAGGUCACCACCUCACAGGCCUUCCAGUGGCUCUCCCAACUUCGACAUCGCUGGAAUGAGCAGCUUCACCACUGCUAUAUUAACAUAUGUGAUGCUCAGUUCCUCUACUCUUACGAGUAUCUGGGAAAUACGCCACGUCUGGUGAUCACUCCUCUGACGGACCGGUGUUACAUUACCUUGACUCAGUCCCUUCACCUGACCAUGAGUGGAGCCCCAGCAGGACCCGCUGGAACCGGGAAGACUGAGACCACUAAGGAUCUCGGCAGAGCCAUGGGUGUCAUGGUGUACAUCUUUAACUGUUCUGAACAAAUGGACUACAAGUCAAUUGGAAACAUCUAUAAGGGUCUGGCCCAGACUGGAGCGUGGGGCUGCUUUGAUGAAUUCAAUCGUAUCCCUGUAGAUGUACUGUCUGUUGUAGCAGUGCAGGUCAAAACCAUCCAGGACGCUAUUUGCUCUAAAAAGAAAAGGUUCCUCUUCCUUGAUAAAGACAUUGUCUUAAAACACUCAGUUGGGAUUUUCAUCACUAUGAAUCCUGGCUACGCAGGACGGACAGAGCUUCCCGAGAACCUUAAGGCUCUUUUCAGGCCCUGUGCGAUGGUGGUGCCUGACACUGAGCUUAUUUGUGAGAUAAUGCUGGUAGCAGAAGGCUUCAGGAGGGCCAAGCUUUUAGCGAGGAAGUUUAUCACGCUGUACAAUCUCUGCAAAGAGCUGCUCUCCAAACAGGACCACUAUGAUUGGGGUUUGCGUGCCGUCAAGUCUGUCCUGGUUCUGGCGGGGGCACUGAGAAGGAGAGACAAGACAAGACCAGAGGAACAGGUGCUGAUGCGCGCAUUGAGGGACUUCAACACGCCUAAAAUUGUGACUGAGGACGUGCCUAUCUUCUUGGGACUGCUGGGAGACCUGUUCCCUGGCCUGGAGGUGGAACGAGAGAGAGACUGCGAAUUUGAAAAAGCCGUCCGUAAGACCACACUGGAGUUGCGACUGCAGCCCGAGGAGACAUUUGUCCUCAAGGUGGUGCAGCUGGAGGAACUGAUGGCGGUACGACACUCGGUCUUUGUGGUCGGAAAUGCAGGGACUGGAAAAAGCCAGAUACUGAGAGUUCUCCAUAAAACCUAUGUAAACAUGAAGAGGAAGCCUGUAUGGAAUGACCUCAAUCCGAAGGCGAUAGACAGAGAUGAGCUGUUUGGCUUCAUCCAUCCUGCAACCCGAGAGUGGAAAGACGGUUUGCUUUCAUCACUGAUGCGGGAGCAGGCAAACAUCUCCCACCUUGGGCCUAAGUGGAUUGUGUUGGAUGGAGACAUUGAUCCGAUGUGGAUUGAAUCACUCAACACGGUGAUGGAUGAUAACAAGGUCCUGACUCUGGCCAGUAAUGAGCGUGUGUCGCUUACCUCAUCCAUGAGACUUGUGUUUGAAAUAAGCCACCUAAGGAUGGCCACUCCCGCCACUGUGUCCAGAGCGGGGAUCCUCUAUGUUAACCCACAGGAUUUGGGCUGGAACCCGUAUGUUGCCAGCUGGAUUGACCAUCGAGAACGGCAGACGGAAAGGGCCCACCUCACCAUACUGUUUGAGAAAUAUGUUCCACGUUGCCUGGAACAGACGAAAAACUAUUUCAAGACUAUCACUCCAAUCCCCGAGAACUCCAUGGUGCAGACACUGUGCACUCUGCUUGACUGCCUUCUAACACCAGAAAAUAUCCCACCUGAAUCUCCUCGCGAGAUCUACGAGACCUAUUUCACCUUUGCCUGCAUCUGGGCUUUUGGUGGGGCCCUUUGUCAAGAUCAGCUCUAUGAUUAUCGGGUAGAGUUCAGCCAGUGGUGGACCAAAGAAAUGAAGACGGUGAAGCUGCCAGCACAAGGGACGGUGUUCGACUACUACCUUGACCAUCAAACCAGACGGUUCCUGCCCUGGAGUGAUACCGUGCCUCUGUUUGAAAUGGACACUUGUGGACCGUUACAGGCUGUUCUGGUACACACAGCAGAGACUGUGCGUCUCCGAUACUUCAUGGACUUGUUGCUGGAGAGGAGACAGCCAGUGAUGCUUGUGGGGAACGCUGGAGUGGGAAAGACUGCGCUUGUCAGGAACAAGUUAGAUUGUCUGCCAGAGAGUUACAUGACCACAAAAGUACCCUUCAACUACUACACAACCUCCCUCAUGCUGCAGGUGAUCCUCGAGCAGCCGUUAGAGAAAAGAGCAGGCAGAAGCUACUCCCCCGUAGGCAACCGAAGGCUGGUCUACUUUAUAGACGACAUGAACAUGCCAGCUGUUGACAGUUAUGGAACAGUGCAGCCUCACACACUUAUACGCCAGCAUCUGGAUUACGGGCACUGGUAUGGCAGACAGAAACUGACACUAAAAGAAAUACACAAUACGCAGUACGUUGCCUGCAUGAAUCCAACUGCUGGGAGCUUCACUAUCAACCCCAGAUUACAGAGACAUUUUUCAGUUUUUGCAGUGAACUUUCCUUCAGCUGCGGCUCAGACGUCCGUCUUCAGUCAGAUCCUGUGUGGCCAUCUGAAGCAGCAGCUCUUCGGUCCGCUUGUCCAGAGGAGCUCUGCAGCUGUGGUCCAAGCUGCCAUAUCUCUACAUCACAAGAUGGUUCACAACUUCCUACCCACAGCCAUCAAGUUCCACUACACGUUUAAUCUUCGACACAUAUCUAAUGUCUUUCAGGGCAUCCUCUUCUCUGGGCCUGACAAUGUGAAAGAGAGCACUGACCUGGCACUGCUGUGGCUUCACGAGUCCAGCAGAGUGUACUCAGACAGACUGGUAGAUGUCAAGGACCUGCAGCUUUUCCGGAAGCUCCAGAUGGAGACUGUGAAUGAAUGCUUUGAGGGACUGGGGGAAAAAAAGGUGAAAAAGCAGCCCCUCCUCUAUUUCCACUUUGCCCAGAGGGGUGAGGAACCCUCCUAUGCCCCUGUCGUGGACUGGUCUACACUCAGGACCACACUGACAGAUGCCCUGGAAAGCUACAAUGAGCUCCAUCCAGCCAUGAAUCUAGUCCUGUUUGAAGAUGCCAUGCAACAUGUCUGUCGCAUCAGUCGCAUCCUGGAGGCUCCAAGAGGUCAUGGCUUACUGGUUGGGGUUGGGGGCAGUGGGAAGCAGAGCCUGACUCGUCUGGCUGCCUACAUAUCCUCUGUGGAAGUCUUCCAAAUCACUCUGAGCAAAGGUUAUACCAUCCAGGACCUCAAGAUGGAUCUGGCCAGUUUGUUCCUGAAGACUGGAGUGAAGAAUCAGCGUGUGGCUUUGCUCCUGACUGAUGCACAGAUACCUGAUGAGCGGUUUCUGGUCAUUAUUAAUGACUUAUUGGCAUCAGGAGAAAUUCCUGAACUCUUCAAUGAGGAGGAAAUUGAAGGUAUUGUGUCUGGUGUGAGAGCUGAGGUGCGAGGCCUUGGACUUCUGGACAACAAGGAGAACUGCUGGAGAUUCUUUACGGACCGAGUGCGCCUGCAGCUCACGGUCGUACUUUGUUUGUCUCCUGUGGGUAGUGCCCUACGUGUUAGGGCACGCCAAUUCCCAGCCAUCGUCAACUGCACAACUAUUGACUGGUUUCACCCCUGGACCGCUGAGUCUCUGCAGUCGGUCAGCUACAGGUUCAUCCAAGAGAUUGGAGGCAUUGAGCCUGCCGUCCAGGAAUCCAUCAGUCUUUUCAUGGCCUACGUUCACACCAGUGUCAACCAGGCAAGUGAAAAAUACCGGCGCAAUGAGAAGCGGUACAAUUACACCACCCCCAAGAGCUUUCUCCAGCAAAUCACCCUGUACAGAAACCUCCUGGAGAGCAGCCGGGCUCAGCUUCGCCAUAAGAUGAACCGGCUCGACAGCGGCCUUCAGAAGCUCCAAACCACCGCUGCUCAGGUGGAAGAUCUAAAAGCCAAACUGGCAUCCCAAGAAGCUGAGCUGACCUUUAAAAACCAGAAUAUUGAAGCUCUAAUUACAAAGAUUGGACUGCAGACUGAGAAGGUUAGCGACAAGAGAGAGGCUGCGGAUGCCGAAGCACAAAAGGUUGCUAUCAUCCAGACAGAAAUUGCCGUCAAACAGAAGGAUUGCGAAAGUGACCUGGCCAAGGCAGAGCCGUCGCUAACAGCCGCCACAGCCGCGCUGGACACCCUCAAUAAGGUGAACCUCACCGAGCUGAAGGCCUUUCCGAACCCUCCGGCGGCAGUAAUUAACGUGGCAGCAGCCGUGAUGGUCCUGCUAGCGCCCCGCGGUCGAGUGCCGAAGGAUCGGAGCUGGAAGGCGGCGCGGGUCUUCAUGGGCAAGGUGGACGAUUUCCUGCAGGCCCUGGUGUCAUAUGACAAGGAGCACAUUCCUGAAUCCUGUCUGACUGUGGUGAAACAAGAAUAUCUGAGAAACCCAGACUUCCGCCCAGAUCUAGUUUGGACCAAAUCCACAGCUGCAGCUGGUCUUUGUGCCUGGACUAUUAAUAUUGUCAGAUACUAUGAGAUUUAUUGUGAGGUCAUUCCAAAAAGGCGUGCAUUAUCUCAAGCUAAUGCAGAGCUAGAAACGGCAACAGCCAAACUGUCGGCAGUUCAAAAGAAAUUGGCAGACCUUGAUGCCAGCCUCCAGAGCCUAACAGCUCAGUUUGAAAAGGCUACAGCUGAGAAAAUCAGUUGUCAGGAGGAGGUGACGCGUACCACCCAGACCAUAGAGCUGGCCAACCGACUAGUCAAGGGCUUAGUGUCGGAGAAGGAGCGCUGGUCCCAGGCUGUUGUCCAGUACGAAAAGCAACAGAAGACCCUCUGCGGUGACGUCCUCCUCACUUCAGCCUUCGUCUCUUACAUGGGCUACUUCACCAGCCAAUAUCGCGUGGAGCUUUUUUACCACGUGUGGAUCCCUUUCCUUCAGUCUCUGAAGGUCUCUGUGCCCCUGACAGACGGCCUGGAUCCAAUAGUCAUGCUUACAGAUGAUGCCACUGUGGCUGCCUGGCAUAACCAGGGCUUGCCAAAUGAUCGGAUGUCCACUGAAAACGCGGCCAUCCUAACCACCAGCGAGCGCUGGCCGCUCAUCAUCGACCCACAGCAGCAGGGCAUCAAGUGGAUCAGUAACCACCGAGGGGCAGAGUUGAGGGUGGUGCGGCUCGGGCAGAAAGGGUAUCUAGAUGUGAUUGAACAAGCUCUUGUCAGUGGUGGAACAGUCCUGAUCGAGAAUCUGCCAGAGAAGAUAGACCCAAUCUUGGAGCCGCUGCUAGGCAGAAAAACUACUAAAAGAGGAAGGUACAUUCAGAUCGGGGGAAAGGAGUGUGAAUACGACCACAGCUUCCAACUCAUUCUUCACACCAAACUGGCUAAUCCGCACUUCCCUCCUGAGCUCCAGGCCCAGACCACCCUCAUCAACUUCACCGUGACUCCUGUGGGCCUCGAGGAACAGUUGCUGGGGCAGGUGGUAUCCUGGGAGAGGCCUGACCUGGAGAGCCUGAAGAUGCAGCUGACCACACAGCAGAACCACUUCAAGAUUGAGCUCAAGAGGUUUGAGGACGACCUGCUGAGUCGCCUCUCUGCAGCCCACGGUAAUUUCCUGGGUGAUAUUUCCCUGGUGGAGCAGCUUGAGAACACUAAGACCACCGCUGCUCACAUUCAGCGCAAGGUGUUGGAGACCAGAGAGAACGAGACAAAGAUCAACGAGGCUCGAGAACUAUACCGCCCAGCAGCUGAGAGAGCGUCACUCCUAUUCUUCAUCAUCAAUGACCUCAGCAAGAUUAACCCCAUGUACCAAUUUUCUCUCAAGACCUUUAACUCCGUGUUUAACAAAGCGAUGGAGCGUGCCGAAUGGGACGAGGACGUGAGGAGCAGAGUGCGCACCCUCACCGAGGCCAUCACCUAUUCUGUAUUCCUCCACGCCAGCCGGGGCCUGUUUGAGAGAGACAAGUUAACCUUCUUGUCACACACUGCCUUCCAGAUCCUGCUCAAGCAGGGCCUGAUUGAUGCCCAGGAAUUCAACUUCCUGCUGCACUUCCCAGUGGAGGCCAGCGCAUUUAGUCCGGUGUCCUUCCUCUCUCCACAUGCCUGGGGCGCCAUAAAGAGAAUUUCUACAAUGGAGGAAUUCAGCGGCCUGGACAGGGACAUGGAGAGCUCACCAAAGAGGUGGAGGAAGAUCGUUGAGUCCGGUUGUCCUGAGAAGGAAAGGCUUCCCCAGGACUGGAAGAGCAAGAAUUCCCUUCAGAAGCUCAUCAUCCUGAGAGCGCUCCGCCCUGACAGGACGACCUACACACUAAGGAAUUUUGUGGAGGAAAGCAUGGGAAGCAAGUACGUGCAGGCUGCCAAACUGGAGUUUGAGAAGUUGUUUGAGGACAGCGGUCCGUCGACACCUGUGUUCUUCAUUCUUUCACCUGGAGUGGAUCCGCUCAGAGAUGUGGAGAAACUAGGUUUAAAACUGGGAUUUUCCAUCGAUCACGGCACCUUGCACAACGUGUCCCUGGGACAAGGGCAGGAGGAAGUAGCUGAGAGGGUUCUCAGGAAUGCCUCCAAACAGGGGCACUGGGUCAUUUUACAGAAUGUACACCUGGUGGCCCGCUGGCUGCCCUCCCUGGAGGCUCUUCUGGAGACAGCAGCGGCGGAGAGUCAUCCCGGCUAUCGGGUUUUCAUCACCGGGGAACCGGCACCGAGCCCCGAGCAGCACGUAAUCCCCAGGGGCAUGUUGGAGAAUGCCAUCAAAAUCACUAAUGAGCCCCCCACCGGCAUGAACGCCAGUUUGCACGCAGCCCUCAACAACUUCAGUCAGGACACUCUGGAUAUGUGUUCCAGAGAACAAGAGUUCAACUCCAUGUUCUUCUCCCUCUGCUUCUUUCACGCCUGCGUCACAGAGCGCCGCAAAUUUGGCCCACAAGGCUGGAAUCACAACUACCCCUUCAGCACAGGAGACCUCACCAUCUCAGCCAGUGUGUUGUACAACUACUUGGAGGCCAACGCUAAAGUGCCUUGGGAAGACUUGUGUUAUCUUUUUGGUGAGAUCAUGUAUGGAGGACACAUUACCGAUGACUGGGACAGAAGACUGUGUAAGACCUACCUGCAAGAAUUCAUGCAUCCAAAAAUGUUUGAAGCGGAACUCUUUCUGUGUCCGGGGUUCCUGGCUCCUCCUUUCAUGGACUACACCGGUUACCACAGUUACAUUGACGAGCAUCUUCCGUCUGAGAACCCCACUUUGUACGGUCUCCAUCCAAACGCCGAGCUUGAGUGCCUCACUCUCACCUCGGACAAUCUCUUCAAGAGUCUCCUGGAGCUGCAGCCGCAGGACUCCUCCAGAGGAGACGGGGUUUCUCAGAGCACGGAGGAAAAGGUGACAGCUAUAAUCGAAGACGUCCUUGAAAAGCUUCCUGAAGAGUACAACAUGGCAGAGCUGAUCUCAAAGACAACAGAGCGAAACCCCUACAUCUUAGUUUGCUUUCAGGAGUGUGAACGCAUGAAUCUGCUGCUAGCAGAAAUAAGGAAGUCCCUUAAUGAGCUGGAUCUUGGCCUGAAGGGAGAACUCACCAUCUCCUCCACGAUGGAGACUCUACAGUCUGCGCUGUUCAGUGAUUCUGUACCACAUUCCUGGGCCAGACUGGCUUGUCCCUCCACUAAGACACUGGCCCAAUGGUUGGCUGAUCUCAUGUGUAGCUGCCAUGAGCUGGACAGCUGGACUCAGGACUUUGUGCUACCUGCUGCUGUUUGGCUCUCAGGGCUCUUCAACCCACAGUCCUUCCUCACAGCGGUUCUGCAGAGUAUUGCUCGCAAGAAUCAGUGGCCCCUGGACAAGAUGACUCUGACUGUGGACGUGACAAAGAAGACAAAAGACGACUUUGGGCACCCGCCACGAGAGGGAGCCUACAUCCACGGACUCUUCAUGGACGGGGCACGUUGGGACACUCAGUCUGGAGUCGUCUCUGAGGCCGUCUUAAGAGACCUGACCCCAGCCAUGCCGGUGCUCUACGUUAGAGCGGUGCCUGCGGAGGAGCAGGAGAUCAAGAGUACCUUCAAAUGUCCCGUGUACCGCACCAAGCAGCGUGGGUCCACACAUGUGUGGGCCCUUCACCUCCGCACCAAGCAGCCUCCCGCCAAGUGGAUCGUAGCUGGGGUGGCCUUGCUGCUGUCUGUGUGAGACAUGUCAGAUGUCAGGUAUUAAAUAUAAUGUCUGCUGAUAACAAACAGUGUAGGAAAACAUGUACUUUUAAAUGGUAUUACAUUUCAGUAUUUUGUUCUUAGUUAUAAUGACUAAUAUAACACAUACACACAAUUAUGCACAGUUACUCUUUUAUUUUUAGUGUUUCUCAUUUGGUUUGUAGAUAACAGAGCUGGCGCUGGACUGUCUGAAUAUGUUUUCAAUUCAAAUGGAAUGGAAAUAUGCGGACAGAGACGCAUGUUUGGCCUGCGCCGAACCUGUUGUGUCUGCGUCCGACACUGUUGAACUUCUCCCAGGAGUGUUGCCAUGAUUUGUUGGGAGCUUAUGUCUCCAUUUUAGACCAUGUAAUUCUGGAUAGAGAGCAUAUUUUAUUGGAAGGUCAAGAUUAAAAAAGCUCUCUGGCUGCCCUCUGCUAACUGAAUGAUACACAAUGCUGUCUGGAGGGCUCCCGGACAGAAUUCCCAGGAGAUGAUGUGCAUGGUCGCUAUUGACUUUUAAAUGAGGUGCAUUUGACAUUGACCUUUUGUACGGCAGAGGCAGAAUACUAACAGACUAGUGUAAUUCAUUCAGCCGAGCCUGUUGGAAAAACCUAUUCAGAGACACUGAUAGCUUUGUAUGAGAAGGCAACACAUUAGAUUGCCCAUCCUUUAUCAGUCCCCACUCUCUGUUAGCAUCUGAUUAACUUAACGUGAACCAAAUAAAACCCUUAACUUUGGAUGAGUGUAAAUAAACAGGCGUCUUAUCUAAAAUCUCAUCUUUUUGAACCGAUUUAAUUGAGGUUAAUUGGAAACCGAGGACACGCGCAGAUUAAAGUUUGAAGUUAAAGUAUAUGAUGAUUGAUGUGCUUCUAACUCUCCUGCAUCUAAGAGAUAUUUUAAAAUAUUGCAUCCAAUCUCCAAAGUCAAGGUUGACGUCAUGUCAUUUUGUAAAUUAGUAGUUUUUAUUAGAUUUUUUUUUUAAGAUUCUUUCCUCCUUAACUCUGACAUUAUUAGACAGGUGCCGUAUUAUGUGCUAAAAUAAACAGACGACAUCGCAAUGUGCACAUUACAGCCACUGAAUCACACCUUUUUUUUUUCCCACACUCUUCUCAAAUAAGAUUUUCUCCAACGCUAAUAACUGUUGUGUUGCUUUUAAUUUCUCCCUGCAGCCAAAGUGACUGUAGACAGACAAAUGGAGGAUGGAGGAUUGAUUUUGCGCAUUGUAUUGCGCGGGGGGAAAUGAGGAACCAGUCUUCCUGUAGAUUCUCUUCAUCUGCCUUCUCUUCCUCUCAUUAGCACGCCACAGCAUCUAGCCAGUCAUUUGGUGACGGGGAAAUGAUACAGUGCUGGCGGUGUUUGGGAGGAAAUGGCAGGGUACAGGGACCCGGCUCAGCAGGGGUCGUGCCUCAGAUAGUCAUGUUAAAGGCCAAGCAGGACACCUGGUUAAAGUCAGCAAGGGCAUCUGGGCUGGGUCACACCUCCGCCUCAGUGCACCAAGAGAAGACGUUGUGUUCUGAUGUUUUUUUUGGGUUCAAAAUACUCACCCAACUUGUGCAGGAUAAUGUAGCCUAGUUACAUUCAAUAUUGUCAUUAUUAUUAUAAGUAUUAUAUGACUAAAACCGGCGUACAAGUUCAUAGUGUUCAUACUGAAAAACAACUUAACCCACAAGGUGGCGCCAUGGCAAAUGAUGGAGGUGUGGGCCCUUGUGGAGCUGCUCCUCCACAGUAAUUUCUCCGUUGCAUCUCUAUGGGGAGUUCGUGUGAGCAGUUGGUUUGAGGUUCACUCAAUUACUCUCAAAUUAUUUUGUAAAAUUCCCUUGUAAGCAUCAUAUCAGGCUUUACAACUACAGCUCAGGGAUGAUAAAAAGUAAAGUAAUACUUACUGUUAAUUUCAUAAGGAAAGGCCCUCCCAAUGCAUAAAAGUGACAUAUUAUAAUUUGCUCUCCACCAGGCUGGAAGCAUUUGUCUGGGUGAAUAGCUGUCAGUCAGUGCCUUUUUCUAUAAUGACCAUGAAGUUUGCAUUUGUGCACAUGUAACUAGAGGAAUUUUUGCUUUUCUGUAUUUAGCCUAAAGUAUCAUGUUCUCAUAAUAAUAUUUAGCAAUAAUAAAAUAGUAGAAAGUAUCAUUAUGUGUUUCUCUAAAAUUAAAAAUACACUAUAUGCUCACCGGCCACUUUAUUAGGUACACCUUCCUAGGAAAAG